CGCUGCGACAUACAAGUUUUAUUGUAGUCGGGGGACCUCAUGUGUAUUACAAAUUUACAACUUUGUGUAUCCUCGCCGAAACCCAGAAUCCAUCUGUCUCUCUGUUGUCAAUGGAAGUCCAAAGAAGCCAAACCAAAUAACCAGAGUCCCUGGAGCUUCCAAUUUGUAUCCAUGGGCACCCCAAAUCCAAACCCGUCAUCCAUACGGACCCUAGUCCGCCCACCUCCUACACCCACCACCACCACACGGUCCACACCCACUUCCUAUUCACCCUCCCAAACCCUUCCGCUUCCCUCCUCCUCCCCCUCCUCCGACCCUCCCCCUUCCGAUGGUGUUGUCGUCGUGGGCUUCAUUGGCUGAAGCCCCUAUGACUCUGCCCAACUCACCAACCGGAUUAUCGACUCCAACGUGUUUGGGUCGGGCAAUUUCGAUAAAAGCCUGUGUCUUGAGAAAGAGGAGCUCAGGAACUGGUUCAGGUGGUGAAGAAUCAGUUACUUCCAUGAGCAGAAAAAAGGCAUUCUCUUUUAGCAGUUCUGCUCUACCCGGUGCCCCGCCUUGGAUGAUGGGUCGUCAGAUUCUGUGUCGGGUUUUGACUCUCCGGUGGAAGAGCACGAGUUUGGGGACCUUCAGGCGCUGCUCUUCAUGUUCUCUGUUUGCCAUGUAAUAGUAUAUAUUAUAGAGGGAUCGCAAUUUGAUUCACAACUCCUGCAAAAGUUUCGAGUGUUCCAAGCGGCCAAGAAUGAUUUGGCUCCGUUUGUGAGAUACAGAACUGUGCAGCCAACACCGUCCAGGCCACCUUCAUCAUUGUCAUCCUCACGGCCUACUACAUCCUCUAGCUUCACUAGCAAAUCUUCUCAAGGUAUAAGUGGUGGCAUCUUGACUCGCAAUGCUUCUGCCAUUUCGCUUAUGUCAGGUUUCGGUUCCUACACUUCUUUGUUUCCAGGACAGUGUACGCCAGUCACACUGUUUGUUCUCACACACCCCAUUUUACUUCUCACACACCCCUUAAUAAUUUCUGUCCGUUGAUCUUCUUCAAUUCAUCCGAUCCGACAGUUGAAAAUUAAAAAGGUGUGUGAGAAGUAAAAUGGGGUGUGUGGAUAUCACACCCCUGUUUUUAUUGGUGAUCUCUCUGAUGUGCCAAAUCCCGGUUCUAAUCUGGAGGAGUCGGUUCAUACAUCCUCACUUAAUCAAUUGUUUAGUGUGAGCAGUUUAGUAAGGCCAAGCAUGCCUGUUAAAGGUUUGGGUUCAGUGGUUGUGCUUGCACGCCCUGUGAGCAAAUCUGAGAGUAGUUUUAGGAAGAAACUGCAUUCAUCCCUAGAAGCACAGAUUUGUUUUUUAAUUAAGAAAAGCAGAACACUCUCAGGUUCUGAAAGCAGUCAUGGGGGGUCAAGAAGUGGGGGUGCAAAUUCUGCACCUUUACUCUCCCUUGAUGCAUCAAGGGCUGUUCUUUUGUUAGAUAGGUCUACAAAUCAAAGAGGUGAAUCCCUUGAAUUUGCCACAGGACUCGUGGAAGAUGUUUUGAAUGGGAAGGCAACAUUAGAUUCUCUUCUGCUUGAAAGUCAUGGUCAAAAUGCAAGCAAAGAGGAUAUCAUAUCAGUCAAGGAUUUUAUUUACAGACAAUCUAAUAUUCUAUGAGGUAGGGGGAUCGGUAAAUAAUUCUAGUAGUGGUUCAGCUGCUGGUGUUGGUAUGGCUGCUGUUGCUGCUGCAUCAGCUGCAUCUUCAUCUGCUGCACCAGCGGCAUCUUCAUCUGCUGCACCAGCUACUUCUGGAAAGCAGAUGUCUACUCCUGAACUUCCAAAUUUCCAAAUUUGGUUAUCUUCCAGUCAACAGAUUCUUCAUGGAAUUCUUUCUGCAAAAGGUGGGUGCUUAGAUGAAACUGAAACUAGCAAAAGAAAACCUCACCUAAGAAACACAGUUCCACAGCAGGCUGAAGGAGUUUCUUCAAAAGGUACGGAUCUUGUAAAUUUGAUGCCCAAUUUGCAAUUGUUUCAUGCAAAUAAGGGAGUUUCAAAAUUACCCCAAGUAAUUAUAGGACAUUGUAUUCUGUUUAAAAGUUUGAAAUUACAACACUAACUGGGAAAACAUUCCACACAAAUCCGGUACAAUGUCAUCUGAGAUUCAUCACCUUCAGUUUUCUGAUGUGGCUUGAAAUGUCUUCUUUAAGAAGAGAGAAUGCUUUACAAAAUUAUGGAUUAGAACCUUCAUUUUUUUAUUAAAAAAAAAUUCUACAUAUUUUCGCCUUCCCAUAUUAUUUCUUUCCCUUAAAGGACGCAAUCUGAAGGGAUGGCGACUUCUGCUUCUGCACCAGCUUUACUAUGACCACUAUUCUAAAAAUUCCCGCCUAGCGCCGUCUUGACGCUAGACAAUUGGUUACUGUCCCGAUUAAUGCUUAGAUAUUUGAAAAUUAAGAAAAAAGAUCUAGACCAACUGAGGCACUCGCCUAGACUGCCUAGGCACCCGCCUAGCCCGCCCAAACCUGCCUAGGCACCUACCUAGGUUGUGACUCACUUAAAAAGAAAAUAAAUAACUUUCAAUUUGCAUUUAAUUUUUUUUUUUCAAUAAAAUGUUAGAGACUUGUUGAUACUUAAAUGAGCACACACUAUAUGUUUGUUCCCCAUGUUUUCAUUAUGUUCAAAUACUUCAUAAUACAUAUGUCAUUCUAUUU